AUGAGCUCCGAUCUUCCCAAAAGCGAGUCCACUACUUCUCUGCUCAGGUCCUCGGGGCUCAACCGCAGGUCCGCGCACUCCUCCGGUAGCGGUCCACGCGACCACCGGAGCCAGCGGGCUCAGCAUCACCACACCGGAGCUGGAGGCGGAGACUGCGAGGGCUGGACGGAGGACUGCGAGACGAGCUCACGGAGACCUCUCUGCCAACCGAGACAUGCCGACUCUCACCGGGUGCAGAAGAGCCCCGCUCAGCACCGACAGGGGAGCCUCCUGGAUGACGGUACCUCUCAGGAAGAAGCGAGACACCGCACGAGUCGGCAUCAAAAAGAGCGAGGCAAGUCCUCCAGGUCCAAACACUCUCAUCAGCACCGCGACUCUCCUCGAGGUGAGCUGCCUCCUGCUGCGCAUCACCGGGACAAGACCUCUCCCACUCCCUCUCAUCCAAAACAACAACAGGACGACGCGGCUUUCUUAUUCGAACCCAGGGAGAAGGUCAUCAUCACCGGGUCGUCCUCCAGCCUCAGCUCUGAGACACCUGCGACCGGCGUACCUGUAAAGUCCGGAAACAGCCGCACGUCCAAACGACCCAACGCGCCCGUGUCAGAGUAUGACGCUAGUCUCCAUCCCAUAGUGAAGUCAGUCUUUGGGCAGGACCGAGAGUUAAGGCCCGAAGAAAUGGAUGAGUUGCGUGAGGCAUUCAGGGAGUUUGACAAAGACAAGGAUGGGUUUAUCGGCUGUAAAGACUUGGGGAACUGCAUGAGAACUAUGGGCUACAUGCCAACUGAGAUGGAGCUAAUAGAACUGAGCCAGCAGAUCAACAUGAAUUUGGGAGGACAUGUUGACUUUGAGGACUUUGUUGAACUCAUGGGGCCCAAGCUUCUGGCUGAAACGGCAGACAUGAUCGGGGUGAAAGAGCUGAGGGAUGCAUUCAAGGAGUUUGACACUAACGGUGACGGCCAGAUCAGCACAGCAGAACUCAGAGAAGCGAUGAAGAAACUUUUAGGACAACAGGUCGGACACAGAGACCUGGAGGACAUCCUACGGGACAUCGACCUCAACGGAGACGGGCAUGUAGACUUUGAAGAGUUUGUGCGGAUGAUGUCUCGAUGAGUUCCUGACAGAGAUGCGAUGUGUUGAAACACAACAUGGAUCCUCUGUCGACAUAGGAGGAAGAGGUGAGAGUCCAGUUUGGAGUGACGAUGGAUCUGGAACUUCUGCACUGUCAAUGAACAAGAAAACAAAAACAUAUCAACCCAGCCCUGAAACUGCCAUGCUGAAGCACAAAGGCUGACUACUACAGCCGGGAGCAACACUGUUGAUUAUAUGCUGCUGCUGUUUCUUAGAACAUGCA